AUGCGACCUUCACUAGCCUUGGCGAAUCUCAGCCUAGUUCCUUAUCUUUUCUCCAACACUGGCGAAGCUAGGAUAUCCCCCAAGUCUCCACCCUCCAUUGACCGGGCAGGAGUAGUAUCCCGGUUCAAUCCUUGCCGCAAUGCCAGCUCGAAGAGCACCCCGAUGCAGGUGGGAAAUGGAGACUUUGCAUUCGGAGCAGAUAUUACGGGGCUACAGACCUUUCUCCCAUACGGUAUCCUUUCUUCCUGGGGAUGGCAUAAUUCGUCACUGCCUGCGAACUCCACACCAUCGGAUUUCACGGGAUUGGACUGGUGGACGCAUGAUCGGCUAGUGAAUUAUGAUAUGCCCAAUCCUGCAGAGCCAGAGAUUUCUCAGUGGUUGAUUGCAAAUCCGCAUCGUAUCAACCUAGGUCGCAUCGGAUUGGUUUUCGGGGGAGAUUACAGCAAUUACACUGAAGAAGACCUGCAGAAUAAGACGCAAAAACUGGAUAUUUACCGGGGUUUUCUGCAGUCUAAUUUCACUAUUGAUGGCCAUCUGACCACCAUCACCACCAGCGUUGAUCCAGAAUCGGACACGAUAGCAGUACGCUUGAAUUCCGAACUUUUGGCGCUAGGCCGUCUAGGGGUCUUCCUUGACUACCCGUAUGCUACGGACGAGAAUAAGUUCGAGGCCCCAUUUGUUGGCGAUUGGACCGCUGUCUCAAAUCACACGACGGUCUUGCACCAUGCAGGAAAUGAAAACCAAGCCCAGGUGCAGCACACUCUCGACAACACCACCUACUACACCACAUUACAGUGGCGUGGUAGUAAUGUGUCUAUUUCCAGAGUCCCCGAUUCUCAUCGAUACGUCUUGCAGCCAAACGGGGACCACACAAGAGAAUUUGAACUCACAACAACCUUCUCUCCUAGAGAGGGCUUUCAGUCUUCUUCGCUAUCUUUCGAUGCAAUCAUCGCACGAUCUCAGCAAUGGUGGACGGGCUAUUGGGAGACCGGAGCCUUCGUAGAUCUGAUGGGAGCCGGGAAUGCAACAGCAGAUGAAAUACAACGACGCGUGAUACUGUCCCAAUACUUGCUGGCAGUCAAUGAGGCCGGACACGAUCCGCCACAAGAAUCAGGGUUAGUAAAUAACGGAUGGUAUGGCAAGUUUCACAUGGAGAUGUAUCUAUGGCAUUCUGCUCAUUGGACUCCGUGGGGCAAACUCCCUUUGCUGGAGCGGAGCAUCGGUGUCUACAAUCGGUUCCUUCCCUCAUCGAUGCAAAGGGCAGCCGACCAGGGAUACAGCGGCUUGAGAUGGGGCAAGAUGAGCGACCCAAGCGGGAGAUCUGCCCCAGGCGAAAUCAACGCCCUGCUCAUAUGGCAGCAACCCCAUGUCUUUUACUUCGCAGAGACGGAGUAUCAGUCUGCACGGCAUGCGGGAAGAAACAUGGAAGAUGUCCUAGCGAAAUGGGACUACGUACUGACCGAGUCGGCAGACUUCAUGGCAUCUUAUGCCUUUUGGAAUACCUCCACAAACGUAUAUGAUCUCGGUCCUCCGAUGUACCCAGUCUCGGAGAAUACACCACCGAACAGCACCCGAAAUCCUACCUUCGAGUUGGCAUACUGGCACUUCGGUCUCGACGUAGCCAUAUCCUGGAAAGCCCGACGUGGCCAGCAAGCUCCCCAGGCAUGGACACACGUCAAAGACAACCUCGCACCAUUACCGAUAGUAUAUGCUGUAAACGAAACAACGGGCGAGAAAGUACUCACAUAUACACUGUACGAGGGCAUCCCAAGCAUGUGGACAGACCCCGACACAGUCACCGAUCACCCAGCACUCACUGGCAUCUACGGACUCCUACCCCCCACGGCAGCGGUGAACCAAACACUCGUAUCGGCGACCGCGGCCCAAGUCGCCAGUGAUUGGAACUUUACAACCUGCUGGGGCUGGGACUUUCCCAUGCUGGCGAUGAAUGCAGCAAGGCUGGGAGACGUAGACGCCGCAGUGCAGUAUCUGGUGCACCCGAAUUUUGAAUUUGACGACGUGGGUAUGCCGGUGGGGACCAAGGCACCGACCCCUUAUUUUCCUGGGAGUUCGGCCCUCUUGUUGGCUGUUGCGAUGAUGGCUGGGGGUUGGGAUGCUGCAAAUAACAGCAGUCAGCAGGACUUCGCGCCGGGGUUUCCAGCCAAAUGGAAUGUUCGUGCUGAGGGGUUUGGGCAGAUGCUGUAGGAUCAGGAUGCGACUACUGUACGGUCAACAUUCGUAAAUCGAUAGGGGACAGCUGCGUAUGCAAUGUACGUCUCAAUAGUUCAGCUAAUCUAUCUCGAUAGGGGUAUGUAGGCACAAUGUACGGGGAAAUUAU